GCACUUUAGAAGAAUCUGAACUUUCACCAGGCAUGCAAUGUCAAGCUCUCCAAGUCUUGCAUAAGAUCAUUUUGUUUAAGCUGCAUGAUGUUCCUUCUCUCAACAUGCUUGAUAUCACUCAGCUUUUAGCCAUUGUUGAAAUUGUUUCCCAGUCAACAAUCAUUUCAAAUAGCCUCUGUGCCUUUAGUUUUCUGGCUGAUAUAUCAUCUAAGCUUUGGGAAAGUACAGAAACUGGAUACAUUGAUCGUUCUUUCUCACAUCAGCCAUCAAAGGUCAUCUCAUUAAUUAUAAAGCAGAUCAUCUCAGUGGUGAAACCAUUUCAUGGUCUUUGUGAGAUCAACUCAACAGUUUUUCAAGAAGUCAAAGUACUGCUCAAGCUUCUUCUUAAGAUGGUUGGAGAAAAUCCAGAUUUAGGUGUCCUGGUGUUGGACAAAAUUGUUUCAUUUAUUGAUUACAUUGUGGAUCUGCAUGGCAAUGAGGUGGCUACUGGGCAGACAGGUAUGGAUGAGAUUGUGAAGUUUGAAGGAGCAAAACGCAAAGUAAUUUCCAAAAUUCUAUAUUAUAUAAACAGAUUUGUUGUGGCUUGCCUUCAAAAUCUAAAUGAUGUAGCUUCAAUUACCGUCGAUAUAUCUAACAAAGUAAAGUUCCUGGUUGAUCAUCUGCAUCAGCAUGGGUUGUUUGAUUUCUACAUACGUACAACCUACAUUUCAGUGCUCAAUGCUCAUAUUGUUUCUCAUUCCACGGUAAAUGAGAACAAGGAAACUAUCAGUGUUGAUGGAAUCUCAGCUCUUUCUUUUCCCAGUUACUUACUUGAGCAUGAAUUUGUUAUCCAUGAGCAUGCCAAGAAGAUGUUGACAGAGGGGGAUUACUGGCCUGCUUACAAAGCUGGAAUACAUGCUGCAACUGAGGGAGCAUGGCUCAUUGCAACUUUUAUUUUUGAGCAACUUGUGAAUAAGGUUAAAUCUGAUUCCUAUUAUUCCUGGUUAAAAUCUUUAGUUCUGUUUUCUCAUUCUGAAGGGAAAGUAAGGCUUUUUCUCCUGACAAAUCAACAGUCCAACUUUGUAGAUAAUCUGAAGUUGGAAAAAUCCCCUUUCAAAGAUAAUCUAGGUGCAGUUAACCAUGAUGCUGUUGGUAUUACUAAUGAGCCUGGUUACAUUGAAGUACUUGUUGAGGCACAAGGCAGUCUUUGUUCUUCAGUGGAACUAUUAGAAAAAAUUGACAUAUCUGGGAAAGAAUUUUGCUUCCAAAGAUGGUUUUUGGCCCUAAGAGCAAAAGUUCUCAGGACCAUAGUAGAGGUACUCAAAAUCUUGGGUACAUCUAAGUGGGAGAAUGUAGACAAUGAUGGAGAUUUUGAGAAAAGAAUACUGAUUGAACCAAUUCCUCUUCAGAAAAUCACUCAGAUAUCUUUUCAAUUGAAGAUGAUAGCGAAGGAAUUUGAUCUGAUGAGUGCAUCUUUCAUUGGCAUGGAUGGUGAUACUUCAAACAUCAUUGCAGCACUUGCACUAAGUUGUUCUGUGUUGGCCUUUACUUCUGGAUUUCCACUUUUCUUUCCAAGCCUUCUUGCAUAUGAAACUUUAACCAAUUUUAACCCAGAAAACUCACAGCAGAAUUAUUCAUGUUCAAUGCUAUUGCAGCAUAUGGUUGGCCGGUUGUCUCAUAUUGAUAAUGAGACUGGCAUGAAGAUAGGUCUGCUUUUUGAGGGUGGUGCAGGAGAUCUGCAGAAAUGUUUGCACCUCCACUUCAGAAGUCAAAGAUUGAGUUGUGGACAUGAAGUAAGGGAUGUUCUUAGUGUUUUGAAGUAUGCUGUUUCUGGCAUGGUUUGCUUGCGAAAUGAGGUCAACAAAAUACAAAAUGAGGAGAUUGUAUCCCAUGUUACCAAGAAAGGAUUGCAACUUCUCUUAGAAGUGGUUGUGCAAUGGAUUAACAUACCAUUCCAGGUUCCAAGGCAUUUCUUUAAAAUAAGGCCUUGCAUUGGUUCAGAGCUUUUUGCAUUCAAUGCAGACGCCAAGAACUCAAAUGAGAUAACCGUCAUUCAAGGCUCCACCAUCUCACUAAAUCUAUGUCUUCAACUGAGAAAUAUGCCAUCAGAAUUUCCACUCCGGCUGUCCAGAAUGUACUGCAUUUUAUGCUGUAGAGUAUCAUCCUUUCAGAAGCCAUGCCAGAAUGAAAGAAAUGGGGAAACAGUGCAGUGGGAUUCUCGACCUUGGGAAAAUGAAGAUAUGGUGGAAAUGAAUGAGAAUCUGUUUUGCUACGUGACAGAGUGCACAAAGAAAGCUAACCCUCGAAAGCGUUCUAGGGACAAUAUUGUUAACAAGGAUUGUGGUAUUGUGCAGUCAUACGUGUGUUUUGAGCCUAAUGUGAAGGGACAAGGAUUCUCAAGCUGCUUGCUUGAUGUUUCUCAUUUUCCAGUGGGUUGCUAUACAAUCAAAUGGUUUAGCUGUUGUAUUGACAGACAAGGUUCUUAUUGGAGUCUUCUCCCUCUGAACUCUGGACCUGAGUUUAUUGUACAACAAUCUCCUGUAAGCUAAUAUCACAAUUUACAUACAAAUAUUGCGAAGGCCUAAUUUUUUGUGCUUCGAGUAUCAACAAGGAAUAAUACAAAAUUGCUAAU